CCCCAAAAAAAAAAAAUCUUUGGCAGAUAGAAAAAAUUCCUCGCAAAUAACCGACAUAUUUUGACACGGCAACAGCUGUAGCUCUUCGCAAAAUGUCACAUCAGACGGGAAUCAAAGCCAAUGAUGCAUUGAAGAAGUUGUUUGCGAAAUGCCGUGACGGAAAAAUUCGAGUACUGAAGGUUUCGAUAGAAAAUGAACAAUUGACUCCAAUGUCUAGUUCCAAGCCAAUAAACAAGUGGCAGGAUGAUUAUGAUAAAAUGAUCAAACCAUUAAUUGUGGAAAAUCAGCCAGCUUAUAUCCUCUAUAGAUUAGAUACCAAAUCACCAGAUUCUGGUUACGAUUGGUUAUUCAUAUCCUGGUCUCCUGAUACCGCACCAGUGAGACAAAAAAUGCUUUAUGCCUCUACUAAAGCUACAUUGAAGCAAGAAUUUGGUACAUCUUCGAUAAAAGAAGAAUUACAUGGCACAGUUCCAGAAGAUAUUACAUUAGAUGGUUAUCACAAGCAUAAGAGAAAUGAUACGGUACCUGUACCACUGACAACAGCGGAGGAAGAAUUAGCUGAAUUGAAAAAGACUACAGCGACUACUGACUACAGUGUAGAAACAAGGCAUCAGACAUUAAGUGGUGUAGCAUUUCCAGUAACAGAUGAAGCCAAACAGGCUAUUAUGGAGUUAGAAAAGGGAAUUCAUGAAUAUGUCCAAUUAAAAAUUGAAUUAGAUGAAGAAAAAAUACAUUUAGUAACAGCUUGUGAUGUUUCAUUAGAUAAAUUACCUACUAAAAUUCCAUCUGAUGCUGCUAGAUAUCAUCUUUAUAAUUUUAAACAUACUCAUGAAGGAGAUUACACAGAAAGUAUAGUUUUUAUAUAUAGCAUGCCAGGAUAUAGUUGCAGUAUUAAAGAAAGAAUGUUGUAUUCAUCAUGCAAAGCACCUCUUCUUGAUCUUAUCCAAUCUCUAGGAGUAAUUAUAGCAAAAAAGUUGGAAGUAAAUAGUGGGGAAGAGUUAACAGAUAUGUUAGAAGAUCCUCCAAGCAUAAAAGAUACAGCUGCAAUAACUCCCGCAACUCCAUCGACACCUUGUGCCCCUACUCAAUUCAUACCAGAGAAAAAAUCAAAACAGAAACGAUCUUGUGUUUUGAGCUAAAACUGACCUAAAGCAUUUGUCUCUGCUAUUAUUGCUUCUGCUAAUUGAAGUGUUUGUGAUGUUUUGCGCAUCAAUAGCUCCCUUUAUGAAUUUCAGAAUUAUAGUAUAUAAUAUUGUGACAUUAUUAAUGAAUUAUUUAAAAUAAAAUAAUGGGUUUUUCCAAUGUUUCCAAUAUUAAAGCAAAUUAUCGAUUGCAAUAUAUGUUGCAAACUAAUUUAAAAGCAGUAGAAAGCGCGCAUUAUAUAAAAAAAAUAUUAAUCUCAGUGUUGUUAAUCAACAUUUAGAAAUAAUUUAUGUGUCAAAGUAAAUAUAAAGCUAUUUAAUGAAGCAGAAUAGACUAAAUAAUGUAUUUUUCUAAAUUAUAAAAGCAAAAAUGUCAGACACAUGAAAGGCUCUCUGUUGUGAAAUGCCAUUUAUAUCUAUUAAUAACUUAAUGUGAGAUGCCUAUACAAUACAACUCCGUAUAGUACAUA